GUGAUGGAAACCCCCACCCACAGCACUGUGCACCUGAGCGACUGGCAGAAAAGUUACUUUGCUAUUACCUCUGGCACCUGCACACCUGGACAGAAGGCAGAUGAAUACCGUGCCAAAAUCCUGCGUAUUCAGUAUGCAUGGGCAAACUCUGAGAUCUCUCAGGUCUGUGCUGCCAACCUGUUUAAAAAAUACGCAGAGAAAUACUCUGCAAUUAUUGACUCUGACAACAUAGAGACUGGCUUGAAUAACUAUGCUGAAAACAUUUUGACUUUGGCAAAGUGUCAGCAAAAUGACAGUGACAAGUGGCAAUCUGUCUUGACAACAGAUAAUGUAUUUGAAUUAAAGUGUGUGCAAGAGAGGAUGCAGGCUGGCAAAAAUUUCCGGAGCUCUCAGAUGGCACCGACAGAUGCCUGUGUACUAACUGGUAAAGGGGUCAGUGCCUCUGCUGCUCCAGGUCUUCCUAAACUCAGUAUCUUCAGCAGUGCCGGAGAGACUGAGCUCUGUGCUGGCUCAGCAAAAUGUGCAAGUCAGGGACCAGAUCUUGAACAUCCCUCGUCUUCAAAGUCUCAUGUGCCUCCUCUGACUAAAACUUUGGAUACGCUUCCUGCCUCUUCAGCCUCCUUAAACGAACAGGUUCAUGCAGGUUUCCAGGCAACUCCACUAUUUGGAAGUAAAGAAACAACAAGUAAUAGUUCUCUGAAAAUGUCAGGUAACUGUCGUGAUGGACAAAAUUUGUCUCUUCCCAAUCAGUCAUCUGUACCUGCGUGGUCCGCAAGUUCUGGCAAAAGAAAAACGUUUUAUGGUCUGACUGAUGAAGGCAGCACAGUGGUUCCUGGCCUUGCUCCGUGCCAGGCUUCCAUUAGUACAGAAACCGGUAGUUCUUCAGGGUAUAGAAACAGAAAUGAAGAGAGCAAUGUUCCUGGUUUUAGAACUGCAAAAGAACAGCUGUGGGUGGAUCAGCAAAAGAAAUCUCAAAACCUACCCCAGCGUGCACCAGUCUCAUCAUAUGGAGGUAUAAAAAAAUCACUGGGUGCAGGCAGAUCUCGGGGUCCAUUUGGCAAGUUUGUUCCUCCAGUUCCAAAACAAGAUGGAAAUGAAAAUGGAGGAGCACAGUGUAAAGCUCAUGCGAGAGGACCAACAGAUCCAUCGCUGCCUGUAGAUGAACGACUGAAAAACAUAGAACCAAAAAUGGUUGAACUCAUUAUGCACGAGAUCAUGGACCAUGGGCCUCCUGUCAACUGGGAUGACAUUGCCGGAGUUGAAUUUGCUAAAGCUACUAUAAAAGAAAUAGUGGUCUGGCCGAUGCUGAGGCCAGACAUCUUCACUGGGUUACGUGGUCCUCCUAAAGGCAUUCUUCUCUUUGGCCCCCCUGGGACUGGCAAGACUCUUAUAGGCAAAUGCAUCGCAUGCCAGUCUGGAGCGACCUUUUUUAGCAUCAGUGCUUCUUCUCUGACUUCCAAGUGGGUAGGCGAGGGGGAAAAGAUGGUCCGUGCGCUGUUUGCUGUGGCACGUUGUCAACAGCCAGCAGUGAUUUUCAUUGAUGAAAUUGAUUCUCUCUUGUCUCAGCGUGGAGAUGGGGAGCACGAGUCAUCAAGAAGAAUAAAAACUGAAUUUCUGGUCCAGUUAGAUGGGGCAACGACAUCAUCUGAAGAUCGUAUUCUAGUGGUCGGAGCAACAAAUCGACCCCAAGAAAUCGAUGAAGCUGCCCGAAGGAGACUAGUGAAGAGACUGUACAUUCCUCUUCCAGAAGCCUCAGCUAGGAAGCAGAUUGUUACCCGUCUAAUGUCAAAGGAGCACUGCUCUCUGAAUGAAGAGGAAAUCGAACUCAUAGUUAAGAAAUCGAAUGGAUUUUCUGGGGCAGACAUGACUCAGCUCUGUCGAGAAGCUUCUCUGGGCCCUAUCCGCAGUCUUCAGUCCAUGGACAUUGCAACCAUCAUGCCAGACCAGGUACGGCCGAUUGCUUUUCUGGACUUUGAGAGCGCCUUCAGAACCGUGCGGCCCAGCGUCUCCUCAAAGGACCUAGAGCUGUAUGAAACCUGGAACCAGACUUUUGGCUGCGGUAGAUAAUACAUCCUAACUGUUUCACAGAAACAUUUCUUUAGCGCUGUCACAUAUUAAACCCAUGAUAAUUUAAAGUGUCUUUUUGUUCUGUCUUUGAAAUAAAUCUUCUUAUCCGGGCCACAUCACUGCAGUCUAUCUCAGCUUCUUAUUAAAUACUUUUUCUGAUGAUUUUC